AUGGAGAAAGCCGACAGCCAAAGCUCUCAGGAUGGCACUGAGAAUGUCGAGCACGCGCCUCGGCGUGGCUCCUUCGCCAACAUGGAUAAUCUCGCUGCCGUCUUCGAGAAUCCCCUGAAGCAACGCACCAAAGAUGAGCUUCUGAAAGAUGUUGGCGAAUUCUGUCGAAUGCACGAUCUCAUGGACUACCACGAUGACUUCCGUAAGGGUGCCCUGGCCGCCCAGAGCCCGGAAUCCAUCCAUAUGCUUGAGGAACUCACUCCAGAGGAUAAAAACAUCAUUGAACGAGAGCUGACUCACCGCUGGUCUCAUCCAUUCAUGCUCUACUGGCUUUGUUGCAUGUGCUCCAUGGCUGCCGCAGUGCAGGGAAUGGACGAGACAGUCAACAAUGGUGCCCAAGCUUUGUAUCUGGCAGAUCUUGACAUUGCAGGCCCCGGAGUCACUCGCUUCUCCCCCUCAAUGCAAGAUAAUAUUACUGGCCUAGUCGUCGGCGCUCCGUACCUCUGCUGCGCCAUACUUGGCUGCUGGCUGACGGAGCCUUUGAACAAAGUUCUUGGACGGAGAGGAACAAUCUUCAUUUCUUGUUUUAUUGCUGCCGUUGCCUCUAUUUGGGAGGGCGUUGCCAAUUCUUGGGUGAAUCUGUUCCUUGCUCGAUUUGUUCUUGGUCUCGGCAUCGGUCCCAAGUCAUCAACUGUUCCCGUUUACGCUGCUGAAUGCAGUCCUGCGCCGAUUCGAGGUGCCUUGGUCAUGCAGUGGCAGAUGUGGACUGCCUUUGGUAUCAUGCUCGGCAACAUAAUGGGUGUUGCGUUUGGUCCAUCAACAGGCAUCAAGCCUUCUCUCGGCUGGCGUCUUAUGCUUGGCAGCACCGUCGUCCUGCCCCUGAUUGUCUGUGCGCAGGUUUACUUUUGUCCCGAAUCUCCUCGUUGGUAUAUCCAACAUAAAAAGGUCAAGAAGGCUUUCAGAUCAUUCCAGCGCCUACGAUACUCUAACAUCCAAGCUGCCCGUGAUACAUACUAUACCUACGUUGGAGUUGAGAUCGAGCGCGAAGCGAACAGAGGCAAAAACCUCUUCACCCAGUUUGUCGAGCUUUUUACCGUCCCAAGGAACCGUCGAGCAACAUGGGCCACAUGGAUUCUUAUGUUUGGUCAGCAAUUCUGUGGAGUGAAUAUCAUUGCUUACUACAGUACGACCAUCUUCAUUGAGUCCGGCUACUCCACCAACUCAGCCUUACUUGCAUCCAUGGGCACCGGCAUUCUCAACUUCGUCUUUGCCAUCCCCGCAGUUUUUACCAUUGACAGAUGGGGUCGUCGAAACCUUUUGCUCUUUACGUUUCCCUUCCUGUGCCUCUUCUUGCUGUGGACUGGAAUGUCAUUCUUCAUCCCAGAUGAUGGUACCAAGAAGAGAGUCGGCAUGGUUACAACGGAGGCAUUCCCAGUCCAUGUCCGUGAUGUGGGCAUGUCAUGGGCUACUGCGACCACUUGGUGUUUCAACUUCAUUCUAUCUUUCACAUGGCCAUCCAUCUCCAGGGCGUUUACUGUACAGGGAGCGUUCGGAUGGUAUGCAGCUUGGUGUGCUAUCCUUUGGGUCUUCAUCCUCCUAUUCGUGCCUGAGACCAAGGCACUCACUCUUGAAGAGCUCGACCAAGUGUUUGGAGUAAGCACCCGCAAACACAUGAGCUACCAGAUGAAGAAUGCCAUGUGGCACUUUAGGACCUGGGUACUGCGUCAAAAGUUGGAGCCUCUACCUCCCUUUUACCGCCGUGCCGAAAGGCUCAAUCAUAAAUAG